CAGUUAUGUUAGGUGGGAUGAGGAGUGUCCAAACAAACUGCUGCAGAGCAUGACAUAUUAGAGGGGAAGAGAGACAAGCUACACUGUUUCAUUCUGCUUCCUGUCUGCUGGAAGCAUGAAAAAAAGCUGGUUAAUAAUGCUUGUGGCCCGGAGGUGAAAGUAACUUGUCAGAACAACAUCAGGAAGACCAGCAGACUGGAAGAGCAUAGCUGCCCUUGCAUCGAUAAGGGCAGCUGGUGAGUGGAAAGCAUGGAGGAAAGUGGGAAUGAAAAGGUGAAUCAGGCUCAUGUUCUCUUCGACAGAUUUGUCCAGGCCUCAACUUGUAAGGGAACUCUCAAAGCUUUCCAAGAACUCUGUGACUACUUAGAGCUAAAGCCCAAGGACUACCGUUCUUUCUAUCACAAACUGAAGUCCAAGCUCAACUACUGGAAAGCCAAAGCCCUUUGGGCCAAGUUGGAUAAGAGGGGCAGCCAUAAAGACUACAAGAAGGGGAAAGCGUGCGCCAACACGAAGUGUCUCAUCAUUGGGGCUGGACCCUGUGGCCUUCGUACAGCCAUUGACUUAUCUUUACUAGGAGCUAAGGUAGUGGUCAUCGAAAAGAGGGAUGCCUUCUCUCGCAACAAUGUUCUCCACCUGUGGCCAUUCACCAUACAUGACUUGCGGGGCCUUGGUGCCAAAAAGUUCUAUGGCAAGUUCUGUGCAGGGUCUAUCGACCAUAUCAGUAUCCGUCAGCUCCAGCUCAUCCUCUUGAAGGUUGCCUUGAUUUUGGGAAUAGAGAUCCAUGUUAAUGUGGAAUUUCAGGGGCUUGUCUACCCUCCUGAGGACCAGGAGAAUGAGAGAAUAGGUUGGCGUGCACUGGUUCACCCGAAAACACAUCCAGUGUCAGAGUAUGAGUUUGAAGUAAUCAUUGGAGGGGAUGGCAGGAGGAACACCUUAGAAGGUUUUCGCCGAAAAGAGUUCCGUGGCAAAUUAGCAAUUGCUAUCACAGCAAACUUCAUCAACCGCAACACCACAGCUGAAGCCAAAGUGGAAGAGAUCAGUGGUGUGGCCUUUAUAUUCAACCAGAAGUUCUUUCAGGAUCUUCGAGAAGAUACAGGCAUUGAUUUGGAGAACAUUGUCUACUACAAAGAUGAUACUCACUACUUCGUCAUGACUGCCAAAAAGCAGAGCUUGCUGGACAAAGGGGUGAUACGACAUGACUAUGCAGACACAGAGCUGUUACUCUCACGGGAAAAUGUGGACCAGGAGGCUUUGCUUAAUUAUGCCAGGGAAGCUGCUGACUUUUCUACCAAUCAACAACUGCCAUCUUUGGAUUUUGCCAUCAAUCACUAUGGACAGCCGGAUGUGGCCAUGUUUGACUUCACAUGUAUGUACGCAUCAGAGAAUGCAGCUCUGGUGCGAGAGCAGAAUGGCCACCAGCUGCUAGUGGCAUUGGUUGGAGACAGUCUGUUGGAGCCAUUCUGGCCAAUGGGAACUGGAAUAGCCAGAGGUUUUUUGGCUGCCAUGGACUCUGCUUGGAUGGUACGAAGUUGGUCUCUGGGAGCCAGCCCCCUGGAGGUUCUUGCAGAGAGAGAAAGCAUUUAUAGGCUGCUGCCUCAGACCACCCCUGAGAAUGUGACUAAAAACUUCAGCCAAUACAGCAUUGAUCCUGCCACCCGCUAUCCCAAUGUCAAUGUCAACUUCCUGCGGCCACACCAGGUGCGGCACUUAUACAAUAAGGGAGAUUUGAAAGACAUUCACUUGGAGAUAGAGAAUUUUGUGAACUCCAGGACACCAAAGCUAUCCCGGAAUGAGUCAGUAGCUCGCUCUAGUAAAUUGCUAAAUUGGUGCCAGAGACAGACUGAUGGGUACUCCGGUGUGAAUGUAACAGAUCUCACAAUAUCAUGGAAGAGCGGUCUAGCAUUAUGUGCCAUUAUCCAUAGAUACCGUCCUGACUUGAUAGACUUCAAUUCUCUGGAUGAGCACAAUGUGGAGAAGAAUAACCAGCUGGCAUUCGACAUAGCUGAAAAGGAGUUUGGAAUUUCUCCUAUCAUGACUGGAAAGGAAAUGGCAUCUGUUGGGGAUCCAGAUAAACUGUCCAUGGUGAUGUACCUCACACAGUUCUAUGAAAUGUUCAAGGAUACCAUCCCUUCCAGUGAUAAUCUGGACCUGAAUGCAGAAGAGAAAGCUGCACUAAUUGCCAGCACAAAGUCUCCAAUCUCUUUUCUUAGCAAACUGGGCCAGAGUAUCUCUCGGAAACGCAUGCCAAAGGACAAAAAGGAGAAAGAACUGGAUGGUGCAGGAAAGAGGAGAAAGACCAGCCAGUCAGAAGAUGAGGAAGUCCCACGAAGCUACCGAGAGGAGAGACCCACGCUUGUGAGUGCCCUGACAGAGAGAAGAAUUGAUGCCUCCAUUGGGAAUCAGAACAAAGUGAAGUCCAUGGCAACCCAGCUGCUGGCCAAAUUUGAGGAGAAUGCACCUGUGCAGUCCACAGGCCUACGGAGACAGCCUGUCCUGCCUUACCAAGGACGUGUUCUCAACCAGCCAUCCUACAGACAGCGAGAGCAAGGCCGCCUUGCUCCUAUGCCUCAGUGGAAACAGCCAAGGAAUACGGAUCGUUCUCGGACCUGCCCUAAAAAAGUGAUCACUCUCUAUUCUUCCUCCACCCCACCUUCCUCUCCAUCGUUUUCCAGCCAGCAGACACACAGGGAACCUGGCGUUGACCCCCAUGGGGAGCAGAGUCCCAGACAGGAAAGGAGAUCUCAUCGGGUUUUUUCUGAUGAUCAAGUGCCUGAGCAAGCACUGAACAUUGAGCAGAGGGCAUGUCAACUGCCUGUCCUGCAGGAGCCAAAGCCAACAGUAAGACAUCAGCCAGAGACUGAACCGUCUCGUCGAUUCUUUGUUGACCAGUGGGAGCUCUCCCUUAGUCUCCGCUCUUCCAACCGCCCUGCUUCACCCUCAUCUGAUUCCCUUCGACAGAAGUAUAUAAAGAUGUACACAGGCGGAGUGAGCUCAUUGGCUGAGCAGAUAGCCAAUCAGCUUCAAAGAAAAGAGCAACCCAAAACCGUUCUAGACAAGAAGGAACGGGGCUCAUUCAAAAAGGAGUUCCCCCAGAACCUGGGAGGCAGUGAUGUCUGUUAUUUCUGUCGUAAGCGGGUCUACGUGAUGGAAAGGUUAAGUGCCGAAGGCAAGUUCUUUCAUCGCAGCUGCUUCAAGUGUGAAUACUGUGCUACCACACUUCGCUUGUCUUCCUAUGCCUACGAUAUUGAAGAUGGUAAAUUCUACUGUAAACCUCACUACUGUUAUCGACUCUCUGGUUAUGCUCAAAGGAAGAGGCCAGCAGUGGGUCCUCUGUCAGGAAAGGACAGCAAAGGAUCCUUGCAGGACACGAUGGCAAGUGAUGGAGCUGGCCGGGCAAAUUCCACAGCCACUUCAGCAGAGAGAACCCCAGGUCCUAAUGUAAAUGGAUUGGAGGAGCCCAGCCUUGCUAAACGACUACGUGGCACACCUGAGCGGAUUGAGCUGGAGAAUUAUCGAUUGUCACUCCAGCAGGAAGAAGAACUGGAAGAGGUUCCUGAAGAGACUCUGGCAGAACAUAACCUGAGCAGUGUGCUAGACAAGGGAACAGAAGAGGAUGUACCCAGCAGCAGUUCAGAAUCUGAAAUGGAGGAAGAAGAGGAGGAAGAAGAGGAGGAACCUGUUCAGCCACAGCUACCCACUUCAGACCUAGGAGGUGUACCUUGGAAAGAGGCUGUCCGAAUCCAUGCCCUACUAAAGGGAAAGAGUGAGGAAGAGCUUGAAGCUGAGGAAAACUAUGCAGCUGAAGACAGGGAGGAAGAUGAGGAGGAGGAGGAGGAGGAGGAGGAAGAAGAGUCUAGUGAAGCUGGGAACCUGAGGCUGCAGCAAAUUGUAAAUCCGGUUGAUCCUCUUGAAAUCCUGGCAGAUGUGCACUGGACACACAUCCGUGAGAGAGAGGAGGAGGAAAAAAUGGUUCCAACCUCAAAGUCCUCCACCUCCAGAGCAUCCGACCUUCCCUCCGUACGCCAUGAGGCGGUGCAGGCGUGGCUGGAGACAGUCCCUGGAGCCCCAUGUGAAGAGAAUGAUGUGGAGGAUGAAGUGUGCACAGAGCCUGCAGAUACAGAAGGAGAAGCAGGAGAAGAUGGAGAUACCGGUGCAGAAUUGGAUGAUGAUGACAUCCCAUCUGAUGUGGAAGCUGAAUAUCAAGAAGAGCCAGAGCUCAAAGUCUCUGAUGAAGAGAAGGAAAAGGCAGUGGAGGAAGAGGGAGAGGUAGUUAGCCAUCACUGUAUGACAACAGAUCCAUGCAAAGUCUCCCUCCCCAUCCAGUCUCCCUGUGAGAAUGUUCUUCCUCUGUCUCCAGUUGAUAGUCCCAGACCAAAACAAACAGAGGAAAUUAAGAAUCCCCUCACUGGGCUGACAUGCAUGGACAAAUCUCCAGAAACACGCUUUUUUCCUGAGCCUUUUGUUCUUGAAGAAAAGACAAAAGAUGAAAUUCCUAAAGAUCAGAAGGUUCAAAGCUCUUCUGUGUCACACUCUCCAGUACUCUCCCAGCCAGUUGCAUCACCAGAAGCCAUCACACCUGCAGGACCAGUGAAAUCUCAGCCGCCAACACCCACACUGGCACCCUCUACUCAGCUGCCUAUUUGUUCCCAGCCUUUACCCUCUGCUGAAGCAUCCAUUCCAUCCCCAGUCGAACCUCCAGUGUGUUUUCAACCUGUUCCAGCCUUAACAUCCACUCCUCUGGUCAAACUUGCUCUAAAAAGCCAUGAUAGUGAAGUGGAAAAGUUGGGGAGUCCUACUACUGCAGAAGAGGCCCUGAAGCGGAAUAACCUUGUAGAAGAGUUCUGGAUGAAGAGUGCUGAAAUCCGGAGGAGCCUGGGGCUUACUCCAGUGGACAGAAAUAAACGGUCAGACCCUAAUUUUAAUAUAUCAGCCCUUGAAUCACCGCCUCUGAAGUCUUAUCACACUAAGAGUGCUUCAGAGCAGGAAGGUAUCCAUCUUGUUAAACCUGAACCUGUCCCAAGAAGGCUGACUACACCCAAGUUAGAAAGUGAGCAGAUAUCUAUGCUGACUCCAAAAUCUCCAUCAGACAAAGAACUGAAGAGUUCCAAUGAAGUAAAAAGAGAUCUUUCCAGCAGCUCUGGACUCGGCCUUCAGGGCAGCUCAUCUAACAUGAAGACGUUGGCAAGCCAGAGCUUCAACACUUCUGACUCCACCAUGCUUACUCCUCCAUCAAGCCCUCCCCCACCACCUCCUCAAAAUGAAGAACCAGCAACUUUGCGUAGAAAAAGGCACCAGGCAAAUUGGCAAAAUGAGGUAGAGUCUAAGCCAAUUCUAGCAACAGCACCAGCACCCCAUGCACCUCCACUUUAUGAGCACAACCAUUCUGCCAAAGAGUCAACUGAGGCCCCAAAAGGCGAGGUACGAAAGUCAUUUGCAGAGAGUGUGGAUGAGAUUCCAUUUGCUGAUGAUGUAGAGGACACUUAUGAUGACAGGACAGAGGAUACAAGUUUUCAUGAGAAAUUCUUUACACCCCCUACCAGUAGGCCAAGACCAGAGAAGCCUCUUCAUCUGCCAUUGGUCAAAGAGAAUGGUGGACCACCAUCAGGGGAUGGGGUAGUGAACCAAAGGAAAAGGGUGCUGCCUCAAGUUUCUCUAGAAGCCAAGGAACUAGCUGAGGAAAGAAUGCGAGCCAGAGAGAAGUCUGUGAAGAGUCAGGCAUUGCGGGAUGCCAUGGCUAAACAGUUGUGUAAGAUGAAAGAUAUGGAAAUGGCUGCUGUUGCUGGAGCCUCCAAGACACGAAAAGCAUCUACUAUGCCCAUGACAACCAAAGAGCUGGUUUUUGAGUCCCCAAAGCAUUUGGCUAUGAAAGUAGCAGAGGGCCCCAUGCUCAAACAUGAUGUUGGUAAUGAAAGAUUCCCCUCAAUCUCUGCUGAUGUGGGUGUGCAUGAAGGGUCAGUCACCUCAUCGGAAGGCUCCAGUGGGAAAAGUAAGAAAAGAACUUCUCUCUUUUCCCCUCGUAAGAACAAAAAGGAGAAGAAAUCCAAGAACGACAGCAAGCUGUCUGACAAGUCCAGUGGUGGGGCAGAGGAAGCUACCAAGCCCAAAUCAUUGUGGAAAUCUGUUUUCUCUGGAUACAAGAAAGAUAAAAAGAAAAAGACUGAUGACAAAUCCUGCCCGAGCACUCCUUCUAGUAGUGCCACAGUGGACUCUGGAAAGCACAAGGGCUUUCCACUAGUUACCGCAGCAGAUUUGCAGCUCCGUCGACACUUGAGUUUCUCAGAGGACUCUGACCUUUCCAGUGAUGACAUUCUAGAACGAUCUUCUCAGAAAUCCAAGCGAGAGUCGAUUUAUGUACCACACGCCUUGGCAUUCAAGAGAUCAUACUCGACAAAGAGAACUUAUACAGAGGAGGAACUGAAUGCCAAGCUCACCAGGCGAGUGCAGAAAGCUGCCCGGCGACAAGCCAAGCAGGAGGAGCUAAAGAGGUUACACAGAGCUCAGAUCAUCCAAAGACAGCUGGAGCAGGUAGAAGAGAAGCAGAGACAGCUGGAGGAGAGAGGGGUUGCAGUGGAAAAGGCCCUUAGGGGAGAAGCAGACUAUUGGGGAGAGUCUUAUUACAGUGACCUCAUCGACUUGCACCUGGGUGGCAUGGGGAAGAAGGACGAUCCAAAGCUGAUGCAGGAGUGGUUCAAGUUGGUGCAAGAAAAGAAUGCCUUGGUUCGCUAUGAAUCGGAGCUGAUGAUCUUUGCUCGGGAGCUGGAAUUGGAAGACAGGCAGAGCCGAUUACAGCAGGAGCUCCGGGAAAGGAUGGCAGUGGAAGAUCACUUAAAGACAGAUGAGGAGCUGUCAGAGGAAAAGAGGAUCCUGAAUGAGAUGCUGGAAGUGGUGGAACAGAGAGACUCUCUAGUAGCCCUUCUUGAGGAGCAGAGGUUACGAGAAAAGGAGGAGGACAAGGACCUAGAAGCGGUCAUGCUCUCCAAAGGCUUUAGCUUGAACUGGUCCUGAGCUAACACCCACCUCUGCUGGUUUGUGUUGUCCAGUUGGCCUACACUGAGUCCGCCAGAACUACCUGGCUCAGGAGAUCUUGAGGAGGAAACCAUAAGAUUCCUACAGCACGCAAGGAUUCAGUUUCAAGCACCUAGAAGCCUUUUGAUAACUGGGAUUAACUCCAAAGGCCUCAGUUCCACAUGUCUGCACACCAAGUCGAAGGCUAAGACUGCACAGCCUCCUUAGGGCCUGGUACAAAGGGGCCGUUGUGUUUUUACAAUAUGAGGGAGAGGAAUAAACUUUGGGGACAGAGGAAGAGGUUAUUAUCUUUUAGAGAAGUAACCCUUCACCAGACUGGAUUUGCUGCAGUUAUGUUCCCCUCCCAUUUUCAAUACUAGGAUUUUUAAUAAAAGGGAAGGAGUGGCUACCCUCUUCCUGAAAACCACAGCAGCCUGUAGCAGCACUUGUGGAAGAGUUAACCAUCCUAAGGAUAGCGCCAGUGUUCCAGAACAGCACCUUCAUUGUUUUAGUCUUCCUCCCCACCAAAGAAACCUGAAUUUAAACAUUAUGCAUGGACACGAAGAAAUGUAGGUAGUCUGUUCGACUGAAAUCUUCUGCUCCUUGUAGCUUUUGCAGAGACUUGGGUAUUGGAGGACUCUUUCCAUCAUACUCUUCAGAAUUCUGCCAUUGUUAUGGAGAGAAAAGAAUGAAAAAGUGGGGAAGACUCCCAUAUCUCCCCACAUGUUGCUACACACUGGACAGGCAGUCACUGCUGGCCUUGUCUUCAUGGCCACAGUUGAAAGGCUAAUGGAUUUCGGGUUGUUGUUGUUUUUUUUGUUUGUUGUUGCGACUGUUUUGACACUGGAACAUAUUGACUUUGUGAGAUGUGGCAAGUGUGUUGAGGGGAUCGUCAAACAGAAGUCUGACUUAUAAACCCCAAGUGGGAGCCAUGUUUGGGUGACUUGUUGAUGAGACACUUCAGUGUUUGUUUUGAUUAUUUUUUUCCUCCUUAUUUUGUUUUUGCACAUUGGAAAUGAAGCUUAAGACCUGCCUGGGCCCUUAGUCACUUUGACCCUUUUAUGUCAAUUAACUUAUUUUUUUAAUACUUGAAAGAAGAUUCAUUUUUGUACCUUUUAAGAAACGGACAAGUUUUGGGUGUGUGCCUGCUGCAUCCUACAACCUCCACUUUAAAUGACUGGACUGUUGUUACCUGUGUCUAUUUAUUAGUGUUCUGAUUAAUAAUGUUAAUGUUACAUUUCUUGGAUCAUUGGGGGAGGGAAGGCGUUAACUGCAAAAGAGCAAGACACUGCUGCAGAUUGGUCCCUGCUUCACAUAGAGGGCAGUAUUUGUGGACCUGCAUUUGUAUCUUGUCCUGCCCUCCACUUUGUGGUUGCCUGGACAUAUACAGGACUGUGAGAGCCUGGUAGUGUUCCUAGCAGAUUUUUCCUCUGCAUUUCAGGAUCCCUCUCUAAACUAACCAUCUUAUAAUUUAUUUAAAUAUUAAAAGUUUGUAACGAGUCAAAACUGUGACGUGAACAUUUCCCCCAUCUUUCCCUCCCACCUAGAGCGUGAGCCCUCUCACUGUCCAAUCCACCCAUAAGCAAAUUGCACAGUUACAAUAGUGUCUGCCAGAGGAGGCUUUUUUUGGCCUAAUUAGUAGGGCUGCUGUGUUUGAGCUAGGAGGGCACUUGUUGUAUUCCUACACACAGUAGCAAGCAGAUGUACACUCAGCAAUUCAGUCACAAUUCCGGGAAAGACCACUUACUAGACUCCCAAAACUUAAAUUGAUCCCACAGGGCUUACCUUAAAUAGCGCUGUGCAUAGGGUGUGAUGUCUGAUGCCAGGCAUCACUCUAACUUUGAAUUACCCAGAACAGUUUGGUUGGAGUUGCACCAUUAAUGUGCUUUAUUUAGCCUUUGUUUUAAUGGUAACUGAUAAAUAUAUUCAGCUUGCUCUUCACCUGUGCGUGAGUGAUAGUGUCAUUCCCAAACAAAUCUACAUAGCACCACUGAGACUGCUAACCCUGUAAAGUAGAUAUCAGACUUGUUGAUGAAACUGAUACCUGAAGCCCUGGGGUCCUUUUUUAUAAUUUGUUGCUGCAUCAUGCUGCGAGUCCUUUACUUGCUUUUUCCUAUAUUUAUAAUGAUGGAGAGGCUAAUAUGGUUUCUUGCUUCUGGCCAUCUACAUUCCCCAGAAGAGUUGUGUAUGCUCCUAUGGAAACACUAAAUAGCCCCACACUUAAGUUUUCUUGAUGUCAUAUGCCACCCUCAAGGACCUUCCCCAUGCACCAUAUUUGCAGCCAGAGAGACAGGGAUGGGAUGCUCUCUAGAAAGAAUCAGCAAUGCUGUUUAGCAAGCGUCGAAAACAUGCUUUCUUCCACAUCAACCCAAUGCUCUUUCCCCAGCUAGCAUGGCCUGAACAAACUGUCUACAGUGCUUCCUUCCCUUUCCUAGAAGUAAAGAAACAAACAUUAAACCCAAGUUCUCAUGGUGCAAUGCAGAGAGCUAACUACUAGGUCACUUAAAGGUGUGCAUGUUAACAAGAGUUGUUUGACGUUCAUCAAAGCACCUUCACGGUACUGGCACACUAAUGGAACGUCUCCACAUAGAACAGGUCUCUCUACAAACCAGUGCAGUGAAGAGGUAUUAGCUGCAGGUGCAGAAACAGCACUGGGAGGUUACACACUGUGUGCUUGGAGUUCCCCAUAAAAUAGAUUGGCUCUUAUGGAACAACAAUUCUAGACCAGAAAUAUGCUGCAACUGUAAAUGUUUUUCAUUCAGAGGACGUUCCUCCCCAGGUUAAAUGUGCACCAUAUAUUUAUGUAGACUAUAGCUGAUUUUGAACUGAAGAUCAUUAAAUGUGAACUGCAAAGCAAAAUCAAAAACAAAAGGAUGCCUCUCCCUC